CAUAUUAACGGUGUCUCUUUGCUACGAGGUUGCGGACUCGCUCGCAGUGUUGUCAGUGGCCAUACAGUGUUGAAAGUUUACAGGAACAGGGUUUUUGCAAAAGACGAAUCAUGAGUGCGGCAUCAACAAAUCAAGAUGAUUUCUUCGCACAAACAGCAGUGCCGGAAAGGUUCAAUGACAAAUACGAGCAUAUGAGGGAAUUUGUAUCCAAACACAGUGCGAUCGGGAACAGGGUGGUCCUUGUAUCAUCAGGAGGAACCACAGUGCCCCUUGAGAGCAGAACAGUCCGCUUCAUCGACAACUUCAGUAUCGGCACCAGGGGCUCUGCAUCCGCUGAAUAUUUCCUGCAGCAAGGGUAUGCAGUUAUAUUUCUGCACCGACUGAGGUCGCUGGAGCCGUACUCUCGCCAUGUCCAGCGCCACAUGAUGGAUAUGCUGGAGGCCAAGGGAGAUUCAGUAACUGUGAAGCGUGAACACACAUCAUCCCUGAAGUCAGUCCUCCAGGAGUAUGAGAGUGUGAAGGAGAAGGACCUGUUGUUGAGCAUAGACUUCACAUCCCUGGCUGAGUACCUGCAUCUCCUCCGGGCCUCCGCACAGAUUCUCAACACCAUCAACAAGAAAGCCCUUCUCUACCUUGCUGCCGCCGUGUCGGACUUCUACAUUCCCAAACAUGAAAUGCCUGAACACAAGAUCCAGUCGUCCACAGACAAACCACUGCAACUCUCCCUGCAGCUUGUGCCCAAGAUGCUGAAACCUCUCGUCCAUGAGUGGGCACCAAAUGCCUUUGUUGUUUCUUUCAAGCUUGAAACGGACAGAAAUUUGCUGUCAAAAAAGGCAUACGCAGCUCUAGAAAAAUACCAGCAUCAGGUGGUGAUAGCAAACCUUCUUGACACAAGGAAGUACGAAGUUGUACUUGUAACCAAGCAAACAGAAAAGCCAAUCUUACUUUCAAAAGAAGAUUCGGACAAGGGAUUAGAGAUCGAAGAAGAAAUUGUGAAGCAACUUAUUGUUCGGCAUAAACAUUUCAUUGAGAGUUGAUGAAAUGUUGACGGUUUAAGAUGAACCUGGUGAAGGGAGCACAUGGCCAGCUUGACUUUGUAGAGCCUUCGUCAUGCAAGUGUACUCAGGAUUAUUCACAGCCACACACUUCCAGCUUAAGCUUAUCAUGUAUAUAGUGGGAAGUCGGGGGCGUCUUAAUUCACAGAUGUACAAUUAUCGACCAAGCACAUUGCAGCACUCAUUGUUUUUACAGUUUCACAUAACUAACUCGAAGGCCAUAGAGAUAAAAUGGGAUGGAUAUAGGCUGCUAGGACUGAGAAGCAGAUGAGUAAGUGAAUCUGGUUUAACGCCGCUUUUAACAGUAUUAGUUAUAUCGCUGCGCGUCAGCUUAAUGCAGGAGGAAAGCCCAAGUGAUGCGGGUAUGGUGCUGACAAGCCUAGAAACAUAAUCGGGGCGAACCUGGAUUCGAACCCACAAUCAUAGGUUUCUGGCAUGCACAAGGGACGCAACUCUGCACAGCGUAUCGCAGCACCCGUGCCCCGAGAAGCGGAUGAGAAUGGAAUGGGGUGGAUUAUUUUGUUUAGUAUACCUAUAUAUAUAAAGAAAUGAGUGAAUGUCUCUAUGAUGUAGUUUUAUAUAAUUCUGGGAUGCAGCUUGAACUCUAACCGUUAAUGAUAUGAGGACAGUCCCAACAAAUCCUGAAAUUUUACUAGCAUUCGGAUACCCUUGACAUUAGACAAACUGACAAGGGCUAAUAAGCUAGUGCACAUUUGUGUCCCUAGUUUACUGUGUAAAUACAGGUCAAGAUUGUUGCCUAAUAAUCCAUGCUUAUUAUAUCCGUCUAAUGAAUUGAUAAUGUGUCAUUAUACCCCGACAGUGAGAAUAAUUGUUCAUGCAGUCAACCACUUAUUUGCGACCUGUGACGGCCAUGACACAGCUGGAAGAUUGCGGAUUGCUGCGUAAUUCAUCAUUCAGCUCAUCUUUCCACAAUCAUAGUGCUACAAUUGCCUUAGGUUUAUUUGUGGGAGUUGAGAUCAUCUCAGCAUAAUCGCGCUUUACGGAACACAAGAUUUGUAGUCUUCGCGUAUCACCUACAGCUCUCAACUCCUGCUGCAACACAAUGUGGACCUGAUGAUCACUUCACCAGCAAAUGUUUGUUUGUUUUAACGCCGCACUCAGCAAUAAUCUAGCUAUAUGACAGCGGUCUGUAAAUAAUUGAGUCUGGACCAGACAAUCCAGUGAUUGACAUCAUCGUUCCUAUCAAUUGGGAUAC